AUGCAGCUCGACAUCUACUGGACGACGCUGCUGGUCCUCCUACCCACCGUCAUCAUCCUCACAGGCCGCAACAUCAUAAUUCGGCCCCUGGCGCGGAUCCAGUCGAGAUGGCAAAAGGUCAACACCGAGGAGAGGCUCGAGGACGACCCUCCGAAACCUGCUGAUGAGACGGAGCCAAGAUCCACAGAUGACGACCUGAGGAAGUUCCGCCGCGGCUUCCUGAGCAUCUACCUCCUCGUCAUGUCCUCCGAGUGGCUGUCGGGGCCGUACCUGUACGCCCUCCUCCGCGACGACAGGGGUCUUCCCGAGCCCGUCGUGGUCGGGCUCUACGCAACCGCAUACACAUCAGCCGCGGUCUCCGCGCUCGGCGUGGGUUUCCUCGCGGACCGGUAUGGGCGGCGCAAGGCGUGCUUGGCCCAGUGCCUGAUCCACUCCUGCGCCUGCCUGACGGUCGUGUUCGGGGGUGAUUGCCUCCCCGUGCUGUUUCUCGGCAGGGUCUUGGCGGGCACGGGGCUGACGCUGCUGUGGACCGUGUUUGAGAGCUGGAUGGUGACUGAGUGGAAUGCGAGAGGGCUGGACCGGGGCGGUGCGGAGGGAGGGCAUGGCGGGCUCAGUGAGAUGUUUGGCGUGAUGACGACGACGAAUUGCAUGGCUGCCAUUGUCGGUGGGCUCUUUGGGCAUUGCGUGGUCUCGGUGUUCGGAUCGAAGACUUGGCCAUUCUGUGCCGGAAUAGUCCUGGAAGGUGUCGCAGCGAUCUUGAUGCUGAAAAGAUGGAACGAGAAUUUCGGCGUGGAGCAACAGCUCAGCGAAAACAAUCAAGAGUUUCUUGUGCCCGAGACCAGUGGCACCGGACGUCUUGGUGAUGGCCGUAUAUGGGCUUUGACCUUUGUGACGUGCUGCUUCGAAGGCACGGCAUUCCUUGUGAUCUUCCUCUGGCCAAGCGUCUUGCAGGGUGCACACGAAGCAGCAUCUGCCGAUGCUAACCCAGUCGAGAUACCUUACGGUGUGAUCUUUGGGUCAUUCAUGGCCGCGAUGAUCAUCGGGGCACUCUUCUUCAGUACCUCGUCAAAGUCAAUGAAGACUCCGGCGGCCCCAGUCCGGCUCCUUGUGAGCGCCAUCUCCCUGGCCUGCUUCAGCCUCUUGCUGUUGUCGGUUCUCCAGGUCGAGAUUCCCCUCUACUUCGCGUUCUUGGCGUUCGAGGUCGCGAAUGGCAUAUACGUGCCCAGUAUGGCCUACAUGCGUGGGCUGGUCGUAGACAGUAAGAGUCGAGCCGGGAUCUACGGUCUGAUGAAGAUCCCUUUGUUCAUCUUCGUUAUCCUCGCCCUGGGAAUCACAGCAGAAGGCAAGGGUUUCCGGUGCUUCGUGUUCGCUUCGUCAUCGAUAUCUCUCCUUUGUGCGGCGGUCGCACUGCUGGUCGAAUUCCGUUCGAGCCUGGGUGGUUCAGCAGGAUCUGGUCAUGUCGUGCAGGGGCGGAUUGAGGAUAGAGAUGCUCUUCACGGUGACAGCGAGUCUAAAGAAGAUGGGAGUCAACGCAGAGCGCGAAGGGGGUCCGGGCAAGAGGCUUGA